AUGCUUGGCCUUACGAUAGCAGCCGUACAAGCUGGAAACGGACGACAUUUCUCCGUGCUCACCGACGAGCAAAGGUCCGGUGCUAUAUUGUACACCCUCGCGGGCUUCCCUCCCGGUAUAUUCUCGUUUGGAAUCCCCAAGCUGGCCGUGGUCGCUCUCCUGACGAGAAUCACCAACCCUAGCCGGAAACAUAGGAUAUUCCUGUGGGCUAUGACCGGUGGCUGUUUGCUGAUUCUGUUUGGCUGUGUCAUCAUCAUCUUCGCACAGUGUACGCCGUCUCGGUCGCAGUGGGACUUCUCCGUUCAGGGUACUUGCUGGAGCCCAUGGAUCCUGAUCUACUACGCCAUCGUAGCGGGAACCAUCUCCGCCGUCGUGGACCUCUACCUCGCGAUAUAUCCCGCCGUUGUUCUGUAUGGACUACAAAUCAACCUCAAGAAGAAGAUAGCCUUGAGUGCCGCGCUGGGACUGGGUUCUAUGUAA